GCGGCAGCUGCAGUUUCGGACCUGAAGGAUCUGCGAGUUGAACACACCGACUCUCCAGCGUUGGUGCUGGUUGAAUGGCAGUCAGUACUAGCUUGUAAUGUUUGUCUGAACUGAAUUCUCGCUGUUUUUAUCGCGAUAUCUCAUGACGGCCAUGACCUGCAGACUGGGUGGGCUGUUCAGCUUGGAUGAAGACUUUGAUGAUGAGGUGACUCCAGGCACACCCGAUGUUCUCGGGACGGACUGGCACACCGAUUCUGCCUCUGAGGCCGCCAGCGCUGCAGCCACCAUGUCCUCCGCUGCAAAUGCAGAGCAGGAAGAAGUCGGUCUUCAGCAAAGGCGGGACUGUCCACCCCCCCUGUGUGAUGGGGCGACCUCAAGGACCUUCAGGGCUGCUGCUCAAAACGCUGCUUUGGCUCUCCGACAGAUCCCCCCCACCACCCGGGCUCUCCGAUCCCCCCUGAUUACUUCAAAUGAUUCGAAGCAGUUGGCAUCACAAAACCACAGUGACCCCAAAGGCCUGCUGACAUCCUCGGUGGAUCUGGAUGAUUUUGAUGACUGGGAUGUUGACUUGGCGGACUUGGAUGAGUGUGACAGCUCAUCGAAGCAGCCGCCUCCGGCAGCAGCAGAACCCUCCUCUUCUGCAAAAGCUUUGCGACCCUCCGCUUUAAGAGGGAGCCAUGACAGGACUUUCAGAGAGCACACCCCUGAGACUUCUGGAUCCUCUUGUUUCACUGCGGCACGGCGGAGCCUCCCUGCAAAUCCGGGAUCUUCAAAUCCCCCUCAGAGUCCUGUGGUUCUCCGGAGCCUCGCUGCAGCUUCUCCGGCAUCCAGCAGCUUUUCCAAUCCUCAGCAAACGCACAAACCAUGGACCACUCCGCGCGCCUCCCCUCAGGCCCACGGACUCUUUGAAACGGUCUCCCCUUCGGUGCCACCCUCGGCGCUCAGUCCCCAUCCCCUGCACACCCCCGUCCUCACCAACCGCCUGGUCCAGCUGGUGUCUGCUUCCAGUAAGCUCCCCAAGAAGAGGCCUCGCUCGGAAUCCCGUCAGCGGAGAACCCGGCGUUUUCCGGGUCCUGCAGGUCUCCUGCCGCAGCAGCCUCAGGCUCAGAACCUGGACCAGAUUGUGGUUUCGGUUCCUAAGACGCCCGCACACGGAGCGGCAGCUCGCCCGCCGAGCCAGGCCUCCUGCUCGCAAACGGAGGAAGAGGAGUUCAGCGCUGGAGGCUGGGCUGCGAUGAAAGCAGAGAUGGGACUGGAUGAGAGGAAUCCUUCCUGCUUCCUGCACAGCUAUAGCGUCGUCAUGGUGCUUCGGAAGGCGGCGCUGAAACAGCUGGCGAGGAACAAAGUGCCAAACAUGGCUGUCCUGCUGAAGAGCAUCAUCCACACCAACGCUGACGCCAAGGCCGUGUUCAGAGACCCAACAGGAGAGAUGCAGGGGACGGUGCACCGGCGCCUCCUGGAGGAACGAGCUGAGGAGCUGAGGGUCGGAGCGGUUCUUCUGCUCAAACAAGUGGGCGUCUUCUCCCCCUCCCACCGCAACCACUACUUGAAUGUGACGCCCAACAACCUGCUGAGGAUCUACGCCCCUGACGGAGUCGGUCUGUUUUCCACCCGGCUUUCGCCUCUGGACUUGGAGUCCCCCCCCACUCGGGGCCCCUCUGUCCGCCGGGAGGCGGUGUCUCAGAUGCAGCUGGUGUUUGAUGAAGAGGACGAUGAGGGGGAGAGAUGUACGGAGGGAUCUGCAGAGCCUCCAGUGCAAAGUCGCACUGAGAUUCAGACAUCCUUCAGCGCCAGCAGAGCUCCCCAAGAGCAUGCUGGGAACGCAGCGCCGCAGGACGCGGACUGGGACGCAGACGAUGACCUGGAUGAGCUGCUGGGAGCGCUGCCUGAGGACGCCUGCAGCCUCUGAACCUUCUCCGUCCCCGCGCCGCCUCCUACAUCACCUUCAGGAACCUGUUAAAUAUGUGCAAGAUGGGUUGGAAAAAGGUUUUCUUUUCUGUAGAAAGUGUUUGAUAUCCAGAAAAGUCCCUUUCCUGAUGAUGAGGAAGUUUGAGAGAAAACUUCUAAUAUCAGAAAUCUGCUUUGUUUUUUUUGUAAAUACAGAGUUUAUGCUAAUCCCUGUUUCACAUAAAAAAUGUAUAUACAUGUUGUCCUGUCCUUUAUUUUUUUGUCACAGACCUCAAUGUUCCUCCCUGUUAAGGUCUCCUCUCAGUGUUAGUUACCGCUGUGGUCUUUUCGAGGCAGAAUUUGCAGGUGAGGUUUCCUUUCAGCCUCAUGAAGGCUCACAUACGGAGGUAAUGAAGCGCUGGCGUCUGUCAGGGAGGAUUUGUCCUGGACUCCUCCAACACCUCAGCUUCUUCCUAACAAAUCAGGGUAAGCCUCUUCAUUCCAGCUGUGGUGCCGAGGCCAGAAUCAAUCCUUCUGCAGUGCACACGGAGAGAGAAAACGGGAUGUAAUCGUACUGAGGGCCUCACCUGAGUCACAGAUGAGUCAUUUAACAGGAACAUAUGGAUUUGGAAUAUUUGCACUAUUUAUGUUAGUGCAGUUUUUCCCCAUUAAAGUCUCCAAAUGAGCUGAAA